AUGAGGCAAGACGAAGAAAAACGUGACGGAACAAUGCUAGUUAUUUGUCCACUGCGAAGUUUAAUGGAAGAUCAGAUACGAGAAGCGGCAGACCUAGGCAUUUCAGCGUCGUCUUUGCCAGAAGCCAACUUUGAAGACGUAAAUGAUGGUAAAUUUCAAGUCAUUUAUUCAUUCCCAGAAUGUGCACUUGAACAAGGAUUUAUAGAUGCAUGCCUAAAGAAUGAAAAUGGACAUUUCCACAACAACAUGGCUGCAGUAGUUAUUGAUGAAUGCCACACAAUCGAAACCUGGACAGGAAAAAGGUAUUGACAAUAUUUAUCUUAUAGUAAAUGCUUUAUAAUUAUACUGUACACUUUCAAUCUUGACCAUUCGCGUUAUAUAUAUAAAUAUACAAAUAUAAAAUAACAGAGAACUAUUUUCAUAAUUUGUCGAUUAUUACAUUGCUAGAGUUUACUUUUAUAUCAUUGUACAUUUUAUUAGGAAAUCAGGGGCAAGAGGAGAAAAGACCAGACAAGCCUUCCGAGGGCGAUUUGGAGAUUUGGUAAUGCUAAGAUCACUUUGCAAAGAAGGUAUAUAUUUGUCUCAUUUACUAAUUUUAGUCACAUGUAAUGGCAUUGUUUUGUUAUAAUACCGUGGGCAUAUAUUUCUCACCGAAACAGGUGUUCUUUGAUUCCCCUUCGUAAAAUAGCUCAUAAUGGCCCAUAAUAAAGUUAAAACUGGUUAACUAAUUUGUGUAUAAGCUAGAUUAUCUGUUUGGAAAAAAGUUGCAAUUUUUUCCUCAACAGAUAACCUUGACAAAUGAGUUGACCAAUUGUUAAUAAUCAAUGUUAAUACUGCAGUACUGCACUUACUAGUUAAUACAAUAUAAAUGAGCCUCUGGAAGUUUUGUCUUAUGGCUUUAGAUCCCUUUUUUAUACCUAUAUAUUGUAUUUACAAACUCUUUAACAUCUUUGUCACAGUGGGGGUAAAUAAUAACUAUGUGAGCAGAACUCAUCGAGCAAUCUGGUAAGUGCUAAGUUCCAGCACCGUGCAAUGGCUUAGUCUCUGUUUUUAUUUGUUUCUUAAAAAGGAACUCCUUUCUUGGCCCUUACUGGCACAGCUGACAAGAGUACAUUAAAUGUAAUUAAAUCAGAUCUGUUGUUAAAGAAUCCUGAUUGUGUCUUUGUUAGCUCUGAGAGGAAGAACAUAAGGUUCAGUGUAAGAAAAGUGACUAAAGGUGAAAUGUUCUAUCAGUUAUCAUGGCUGAUAAAACUGAUAAAGGACAAUGGUGCGUGUUGUCCGAAGACACUUAUUCUUUGUAACACAUUAAAUGAUGUUGCUGCAGCAUUCAACCAUUUAAUGUUACAACUUGGAGCAAAUGCAAACAAUCCUCCUGAAUCAAGAGAACCUGAGUGUAGGAUAAUUGGGAUCUAUCACUCUAACUUGUUUAAAAAAUAAAAGGAAAGACUAUUUAGUCAACUUAAAGGUACAGGGAAUAAGAGAGUUGUUGUGGCAUCAUCUGCCCUUGGUAUGGGAGUUAAUUUUCCCGACAUUAAGUAUGUUAUUAAUUGGGGACAUGCCAGAAAUCUUUUGGAUCAGUUACAAGAGGGAAGAAGAGCUGGUCGUAAUGGCAGUUCUGCUCACAUAGUUAUUAUUUACCACGGUCAGCAAGUAACCCAUUGUGACAAAGAUGUUAAAGAGUUUGUCAAUACAACAGGUUGUUAUCGUUUGGCUGCAUACGUUCCUUUCGAUCCAUCAAUUCAGCCUGGUGCUGUCAAGCAUGAUUGUUGUAAUUAUUGUUGUCAGUCAUGUCAAUGA